AUGAGCGUGCUCAAAGGUCUCCUGACGGCGCGGGAGGGGAGCUAUUUCAAGACCGAGCAGGAGGAUGAGCUCCAGGUGUACCGUCGCCGACGCAUCAAGGAGGGUGCCAUCAAACCGGAGCCGCGAAUCGAGGGCGAAGGCAGAGGUUUCAUCAGCUCCGAGAAGCUGGCGGAAAUUCACGCGCAGGAAGCGAGGUUGUCCGCCCCGCCCGGAGUUUCCAGACAGCAGAUGUCGUCGCUGCUGCCGUCCACGUCGACGAAAGGUGGGUACCAGAUUCAGAGGGGAAUGGACGGCACUUAUAAGGUGCCCUCGCUGCGGCAUGCGCGAUGGAGCGGACUGAACUUGAAGGACAUGGAACACGGGAUACCCCCGCUGCCAGAGGAGGCCCUCGCCUCGUCGCGGCACAAGGCCAUGAUGGACAAGACGCUGCUGGUCGGCACCCGCGCGUUCAUGUACGGGUCCUUACUCGCCGCCGGGGGCAUCGCGGGUGUGACCGCGCUCACGGCGUCGUACUGCGAUAUACACUCGACGAACGACUUGAGAAGGUUCAUGAUUCGACACCUCGGGCCGUCGGUGGACUCGAUGAAGGCUUCGCUGGUGCCGUGGAAGACUUACUUCAAGCAGCUCGACAUGAGCAAAUACGUUAGCAAGGAUAGCAUCAAGUAG